UUGGUAACCACCAGGCAUGCAGUUGAACUGGAGUUGGGAACUCCAGCUGCCUUCCUCUGGAAGUUGAAGGGGCUCAGUGAGCGAGGAGGCAGCAGCUGCCAGCCAGACAGCAGGGGAAUUUCUCUCCUGAAUUUUCUGUCCUGCCAAUAUUGUUGCAUCACUCACCCAGGAGAGACCUGAGGGGGCUGGCUUGAGCUGGGGCAUCUUGAAAAGUCUGGGAUCCUGGGCUGGAGGGGAGAUGAGGGUAGGAGGAGGUGGGUCAAUGUGUUUCCCUUGACGUUACAGUCAUCACCCCUGGAAAAGUUCUGCAGGAACCAUACGAAGGACCAGAGACCAAGGCUGGCUGCCUCUUAGAAGAAAUAAAAACCCAGAUCCAGCGUGAAGUGAGUUGAUGGCAAUUGAGGAGAGGUGAGUGGCAGGGCUACACUUUGUCCCCCCUUCUUCCAGGGCUAACUCCAGCUGCCUUCGGCCACAUCAGGCCCCCAACUCCAUCUCAAGGCUUAAAGAAAAGAAACGAGGAGGCAUCCAAUCACUGGCAUCUCAAAAAAGAAAAAGUCCAAGUGGAAUUUUAUUUCUGGACUGAAAUGGAUGGAGAAGCCCCAGCGAAGCCUGGAGAGCAAAAGGUCACCAAUCCGAGGGCAGGAUGGAAAAUGCCCUUCCUCCUCUUCCUGUGCCUGCUGCAGGCCGCAAAUGCAUUGAAGGGACCGAGGCUGGUAUCCGGGGAGCCUGGGGGAGCUGUCACCAUCCAGUGCAAAUAUGGCCCCUUGCUCAUCAGCAGCCACCAGAGGAAGUACUGGUGCCGCCUAAACCCCUCAACAGGGCUCUGUCACACCAUCGUGUCCACCAACCGCUACACUCGCCCUUACUACCAUGGCCGCGUGGCCCUAGAGGACUUCCCGAAAAAAGGCUUGUUUGUGGUGAGGCUGUGCCAGCUGUCCCCGGAGGACGUGGGCUACUACCGCUGUGGCAUUGGGAACAACAACAACCUGCUGUUCUUCAGCAUGAAUCUGACCGUCUCUGCAGGGCUUUCCAAAACCAUCCCCACAGCCACUCCAGCUGCUGGGGUGGCUCCCAAGCUCACCACGGGGCCUUUUGGUAGAGCAUCCGCAGCAGCCAACAUAUGUAUGUCAGGAACCAUCCAGACUCUAGAAGCACAGGAGACAGAAUGGAACAGAGUUGUUCUGACUCUGGGAACCAUCGAAACCUCAGCUACAGCUCAGGAAAGGCAAACUGCAGGAGCAACUGUGACAGUAGCGCCAGGGACAGGCGGCCAGGUAGAGGUUUCCAUCUGGGCAACUGUCCCCACCACACAGAGUCCAGCUUCAACAAUCAGAGGCGAGUUCCAAACCACAGGAGAUGUCCAGGUGUGGGGCUCCACAAGUUCAGAAGCAAAGAAGGCUACAGCCAGUGAAAGGGAGAGCGGAACGGCAACUGCUAGUGCCAGUUGGCAAAGCGAGGAAACAGAGUGGGUCAGACUAGCCUCAGACACAGCUGGAAAGGUCAUAGGGACCACAAGGCCAUCAACUCUGGUCUCUGAAAAAUGGGUGUGGGAAACCCCUCGAGAAAAAGUGUCCGUCGCGAAGCCCCAAGCCCUGGGCUCCAAGAAAGGACCCGACCCUGCUGCAGCUGUGUGGACCUUGGAACUGACAAGCAUGGAGAUGGCAUCUGCGGAGGGAAGCAGCGAAGGGGACCUAGACAACCCUGCUGGAGACAGUGGUCCCCCCAUGACGCCAAGCCAGGCCCUGGCAGCUGGGCCCCUCAGGCCCCUGGGGGAGGACUCCUCCGUGAAGAGUUCUUCCCAGGAAGAGAAAACCCUCUCUCGGAUCCUGACUCCCCUCUCCACGGUGCUGUGCCCGCUCAUGCUGACAACUCUGGUUCUAUUGCAAAGGAAGCUCCGGAGAAAGAGCAGCUCUCAGGAGGUCGAAAGGUCAUCGAGAGUCACCUUGAUUCAGAUGACACGUUCUGGAGCUGAGCCUCCAGCCGGACCAGCUGCCCCAGGCGGAAAGGAAGAUGUUCCCAGGUGAUGCUCCUCUCCACGCCAGCCUGCCUGUCCCAGACGGGGACCCUGCACCCCGAGGAAUGGAGGAUUAGUCGCUCUGUCACCAUGGGAGAAGAACCAGGACCAAAUACCAUGUCUCCAGCCCCCUCCUGCCUUCUUCCACCUGUGUGAAGGGAAGCUAGCAGAGGGGGGACUCCAUCUGGAGAAGCACAGGCUGCCCAUCACUGGACCAAGGAAGGCCAAGCAUGUUUCACAGCCCCAAUUGACAGUGUGACCCAACGAAGGCUGCAGGAAAGGAUCUAUUAAUUACUGGUGGAAGCUGAUGGACCUGGAAAAAGUGUCGAAUUUCCAUUCCCGGAGGUCUGAAAAUAUGAGAUGCUUCCCAUCAGUGUGGAGAAUGAAUGAAAUUUCAGCCACUGUUCCUAGCCCCGGGAAGGCACCCCCUUUUCUGACAUCUGUUAGCACUCAGCCUGCUGCGCUCAUUUAAUUAUAUCCUUUUCUUUUUUUUUUUAAAUUACUCAGUGAAUUUUAUUACAUUUAUAGUUGUACUGUGAUCAUCACAACCCAAUUUAAUUAUAUCCUUUUCAAAUAGAUUCUAAGCUCUUAGGACAGUAAUUGUGUUGUGUUUCGUUUUUUUGGCUGUGCCCAUGGCACCUGGAGGGUCCCAGGUUAGGGAGCGAACCUGCACCAUAGCAGCGACCUGAGCCGCUGCAGUGACAAUGCAAGAUCCUGCCAUAGGAGCUCCCCCAGGACAGUAAGUGUGUUUUAAUCUCACCAUGUCCCCAAAGAACUUUAACUCAGUAGGACCCCCAAUAAAUGCCCAUGGCUGAUGGAAAUGGCAUGGGCUCAGUGGCCUCUGGGGACCCUGCCCACACAGAUGCUCUGAAUCCCCCUGCACUGGGGAGUCCCUUAGAUGAUCCCAUGAGCCCCUACAUACAGAUCAAAAGCAAGACCCAGUCCAUCCUCCCCAUUUGGCCCCACGCUCAUCAUGUGGUCAACCUUUUGACCCAGUCAAGAUUUUCUGGGAUUUUCCUAAGUUCAUGGAGGAGGAGGGUAUUUUUCAGUAGAUGCAGUAGAUCUUCUUCAUAAAGCUCCUCUUAUUCAACUGUUUAUAAAUAUAUCCUUGGUCUCAAGGGCUGUUGAUGGAGUUAGAAAAUGGUUAUGGUAAGAGGAGCGGAUAAGAGAGAAGGUGGCCAAGAGGAAUUUUAUGUGGAUUCUGCUUCACAAUCACUUUAUCUCAUGCCCAUUGGGGGAACUUUUGCUCCACUCUUGAACCCACUGUCUUUUCAGGAGUCACAUCUGCUCUUUUAUUUUGCCAGAUCUGCCAUCAAGCUGCCUAAACUUCAUGUUUGGACAGAGCAGCUCUUGAGUGACAGAAGAGAAGGGAAUCAAAGGCCCCCAUAUCAAGUCAAGAAUUGUCAGGAAGAUGUUCCCAGGAGGCUCAGCCCUGCCUCCUCCCCUGUCAGCAGUACCAGAAAUCCUUCCGGCUAAGCUCCUCAUCGCUGGGGCUGAACCCUGACACUGUGCAGAGAAAAUCAAUGCGAGGGGGUCCUCCCAGUCCAGGGGAGAGAGACCCACUGAUGUGAAUAAGUAGGGCAGUGGCAUGCCUCUAGCCAAAUGGAUUCACAGUAUUUCAGAGCUAAUAGAUGUUCAGAGAUGACCAGUCUAAACCCCAGGGUGAGGUAACUGAGGAUCCAGGGGGAAGUGCCUUGGUAAAAGUCACUUGGUUAACCCAGUUUGGAGUGAGGUCUAGAAAAGGGAACUUUCAACCUUGACCUAGUGCCUUCCCGAUGUCACCUUUGCUGCACAAUGUUUCAGAGCAAAAGUCCUCGUCAAAAAUCAGUGACACCAUUAUCCUAGCCUCAGACCAUUUUCAUGCAUAGGAGCUCAGUGACCUGCCCUUACAGGUCAUACUAGCUCAGUGACCUCUAAGAGGGAUCGAACAGCCACCUUUAUCCCAUCCAACCAAUGAGGCAGCAGGCCCACAGUCACCCAGGCAGCCACAGUCACCCA